GAAAUGGCAGUUCCAUCAUCCUUUCGAGGGCUGGGUAAUUUCUUCAGCUUCUAACCAGAAUUUUGUUUCAUGCAGUUCAUCAUCAGCUGCCAGUUUCUUCGCGGAUAUCGUUUCAGGUUGCUGUCUUGGACAAUAUGGCGUCCGCACAAAAUGUUGAGUUGGAGGCAGCAAAGUUUCUGCACAAACUAAUUCAAGAAUCUAGAGACGAGCCAGCAAAAUUGGCUACAAAACUCUAUGUGAUAUUGCAACACAUGAAGUCAAGUGGGAAAGAACAUUCCAUGCCAUAUCAAGUAAUAUCAAGAGCCAUGGAGACUGUCAUCAAUCAACAUGGUCUUGAUAUUGAAGCUUUGAGGGCUUCACGCCUUCCUCUCACUGGUGGAACUCAGAUGAGUGAUUCUACCACUGCACAAUAUGCGGGCUCCUCCAGUGUUGUUGGUACAGCUAAAGAUUCCAAAAUGGGUAUAUCUGGAAGUGACACCAGAAGUGGCCCACUUGCUCCAAGAAAGCCACCUGUUGCCCCAAGUAGUACAGAUCAUGAUUACUACCAAGGACCUGCAACUCAUCGGAGUGGUCAAUAUUUUGAUCAAGGAAGUCCUUCUAGUUUGGAUUCGAGGUCUGCCAACUCACAGUCACAAGAGAAGCAUGAUUCAGUGAGUUGGGACAAACAAUUAAAUGAUAAGGAUGGUAAGAAGGGCACCAAGAAGAGGAAGAAGGUGGAUACAUCAGUUAUGGAACCAUCUAGUGACGAUACCCAUCAACCUGAUUCCCGCAAUCCGUCGGUUAAUCCUAGGAAUGCGAAGACAAAUAGGGUCGAACCACCGGCAUAUCUAGUUAAGGGAGGCAAUAUUGAGCAGGUGAAGCAUGGAUUAUCAAAAGCUGCUGAAAAGCAUAUUGACCCUCAAAUGUAUUCUGUGAACAGAGGUGAUGGGAUAUCUACCUCGGGCGAAAAAGUUUUGGAGAGUGAACUACCUAUAUCUAGCACAUCAUCAGUUGAUGCUGCGAAAAUGAUUCAGGGUACAUGGCGGAACAACGGACCAGAAAUGAGUAUGUUACGUAACCCAGUUUCUAGAGAAGCAGGAAAGCUUCCUGUUUCUCAGGUUCCUACCUCAUCCCAAUCUCGCUUGCCUUUCAAGGAACAACAAUUAAAGCAACUUAGGGCUCAGUGCCUUGUGUUUUUAGCAUUCAGAAAUGGUUUAAUGCCAAAGAAACUGCAUCUUGAAAUUGCUCUCGGGAAUAAUUCUCCUAAAGAAGAGGGGCUUCACAAAGAUGUUGAUCCUAGAGGCAUUGCUCAAUCUUUUAAUGAGGCCAGAAGUUCCAGUGAAGUCAUGAUGCCAUCAGGAAAGUUGGAUGCUGCAAGGGGAACAGGUACGAUGAUCCCAGGCGCUGUAUCUGCCGGAAGAACCUAUGAGGUUGACUCCAUGAAGGAAGUAGAUAAUAGAAGAGAAGAGGAUAACAAGGGUCCACUUUCUGAUUAUUCUGUUCAAGCAGAAGUAAGAAAGCCAGAAGCUGAACUAAUGCGGGAAAAAGCAAUUUUUCAAACAUUCUUGAGCACUGCAUCGCAUCCCCUUGACUUUUCGAGUGCAAGGGGGAGCUUAACUGCAAAUAACCCUCUUGAGGAUUUGGGGAAUAGCAAUCUUCUGAUUGGACAGACCAAUCAAGCCACUGCUACAGUGGGUAUGAGGGAGCGGUGGAAACCUAUCUCUGGGACGUAUGAUCAAUACCAUGCUGUAAUGCCUUUGAGAGAUGCUAGUGUGAUCUCAAAUCUUGCACCUCAUGAUUAUAGAAAUAUGCCAGAAUCUGAACCUAGAUGCAUCACAGAAAUGCACAAAGUGCCAUCUGUAGAUGAAGGGAUAAAUGGCAGCCUAAAUACUAUGGAACAAGAAAAUGAUGGUAAGUCAGUGCCAUCUGAUUUGCCGAUGUCUCGAAAGUACACCAUGUCAGAGAAAUGGAUAAUGGAUCAGCAGAAAAAGAAACUCCUAAAUGAGCAAAAUUGGUUACUGAAACAACAAAAAACUGAGAAACGUAUUGCCACUCGUUUUGAUAAGUUAAAGAGUACUGUCAGCUCAUCAGAUGAUAUAUCUGCAAAAACUAGAAGUGUAAUAGAAUUGAAAAAACUUCAACUCUUGCAGCUUCAGCGUCGCCUCAGGAAUGAUUGUCUAAAUGAUUUCUUCAAACCAAUUUCGAAUGAGAUGGACCGCUUGAAAUCUUUCAAGAAGCACAAACAUGGUAGGAGGAUUAAACAACUUGAAAAAUUCGAGCAGAGAAUGAAGGAGGAGAGGCAAAAGAGAAUACGAGAGAGGCAAAAGGAGUUCUUUGGUGAGAUUGAAGUUCACAAGGAAAGACUUGAUGAUGUAUUUAAAGUUAAGAGAGAGAGGUGGAAGGGUUUCAAUAAGUAUGUCAAGGAGUUCCACAAAAAGAAGGAACGAAUUCAUCGUGAGAAAAUUGACAGAAUCCAACGUGAGAAGAUUAAUCUUUUGAAGAUCAAUGACGUCGAGGGGUAUCUGCGAAUGGUGCAGGAUGUGAAAUCGGAUCGUGUUAAGCAACUUCUCAAGGAGACUGAGAAAUAUCUUCAAAAGCUUGGAUCUAAGCUACAGGAGGCGAAGUCCACAGAAAGCCGGUUUGGGCAUGAUACAGAUGAUGGAUGUGACGUGAAUACUGCUGAAAAAAGUGAAUUUGCUAUCGAGAAUGAAGAUGAAAGCGAUCAGGCAAAGCAUUACUUGGAAAGUAAUGAGAAGUACUACUUGAUGGCUCAUAGUGUUAAAGAAAGCAUAGCUGAGCAGCCAGCCUGCCUUCAUGGAGGAAAGUUGAGGGAGUAUCAGAUGAAUGGCCUUAGGUGGCUCGUUUCGUUAUACAACAACCAUUUGAAUGGAAUUCUUGCUGAUGAAAUGGGGCUUGGAAAAACUGUUCAGGUAAUUUCCCUGAUCUGUUAUUUAAUGGAGACUAAGAACGAUCGAGGUCCAUUUUUGGUGGUUGUACCGUCAUCAGUUUUACCUGGAUGGGAGUCAGAGAUCAACUUCUGGGCCCCAAGUGUGCUUAAAAUUGUGUAUUCUGGACCUCCAGAAGAGCGGCGCAGACUAUUCAAGGAGAGAAUUGUUCAUCAGAAGUUUAAUGUACUUCUGACCACAUAUGAGUAUCUGAUGAACAAACAUGAUAGGCCAAAAUUAAGCAAAAUUCAUUGGCACUAUAUUAUAAUUGAUGAAGGCCAUCGCAUAAAGAAUGCUUCAUGCAAGUUGAAUGCUGAUCUGAAGUACUACCGUAGUUCUCACAGAUUACUCUUGACCGGGACACCGCUACAGAACAACCUUGAGGAGCUUUGGGCAUUACUGAACUUUUUGUUGCCAAAUAUUUUUAAUUCAUCAGAGGAUUUUUCUCAGUGGUUCAACAAACCAUUCCAGAGUAAUGGUGAUAGUUCAGCCGAAGAAGCCUUGCUUUCUGAAGAGGAGAAUCUUUUGAUCAUAAAUCGACUUCACCAAGUUCUUCGCCCGUUUGUUCUUCGGAGGCUUAAACACAAGGUGGAAAAUGAACUGCCAGAAAAGAUUGAAAGACUUGUAAGAUGUGAGGCUUCUGCAUAUCAGAAACUUUUGAUGAGGAGAGUAGAGGAUAACCUUGGUUCAAUAGGAAGUACAAAGGUCCGAUCAGUGCAUAACUCGGUGAUGGAGCUGCGUAAUAUUUGUAACCAUCCUUAUCUAAGCCAUCUUCAUGCAGAGGAGGUUGAUAAUUUGAUACCUAAGCAUUACCUGCCGCCAAUUGUUAGGCUCUGCGGAAAGCUUGAGAUGUUAGAUAGAAUAUUACCAAAGCUAAAAGCAACUGAUCAUCGGGUUCUCUUCUUUUCCACCAUGACUAGGCUGCUCGAUGUUAUGGAGGAAUAUCUUCACUGGAAACAGUAUCGAUAUCUACGAUUGGAUGGACAUACAGCCGGGGGAGAUCGUGGUGCUCUCAUUGAGUCAUUUAAUGGGCAAAAUUCUCCCUAUUUUAUAUUCCUUCUUAGCAUUCGAGCUGGUGGUGUGGGAGUGAAUCUCCAAGCUGCUGACACAGUGAUUAUUUUUGACACAGACUGGAACCCACAGGUUGAUCUACAGGCACAGGCAAGAGCUCAUAGGAUCGGCCAGAAGAGGGAUGUGCUUGUUCUUAGAUUUGAAACAGUUCAAACGGUGGAAGAACAAGUGAGAGCUGCUGCAGAGCAUAAACUUGGAGUGGCUAACCAGAGUAUUACAGCCGGCUUUUUUGACAACAAUACAAGUGCUGAAGAUCGAAGGGAAUAUUUGGAAUCUCUUCUACGCGAGUGUAAGAAAGAAGAAGCUGCACCUGUACUAGAUGAUGAUUCUCUGAAUGAUCUCUUAGCACGCAGUGAGCCAGAGAUUGACGUGUUUGAAACAGUGGACAAAGAACGACGAGAGCAUGAGAUGGCCACAUGGAAGAAGCUGGUUGUUGGUCAUGGAAUUUCUGAGCCUAUUCCUCCCAUGCCUUCACGUCUUGUAACAGAUGAUGACUUGAAAGAAUUCUAUGAAGUAAUGAAGAUAACUGAAGAAGUACCAAAACCUAGGGAGGGAGCCCAAGUCGGGGGGGUAAAGAGGAAGAGCGAAUAUCUUGGAGGUCUCGACACCCAUAAUUAUGGGAGGGGGAAGCGGGCAAGAGAGGUGCGAUCCUAUGAAGAACAGUGGACAGAAGAGGAGUUUGAAAAGAUGUGCAAGGUUGACUCGCCUGAAUCCCCGGGGCCAAAGGAAGCUGUAGCAGGAGAAUCGUCAACCAGUAUUAGUGGGCCAGUUGUAGGAGAUGUUUUGAAGGAAGAACUUCCUGCUGCCUCCCCUUUGCCUCCUGUUGAGCCUAUGGCUCAGCAUCAAACACCACCCUCAAGGCGAGGUCGUGGAAGACCAAAAAGAGCGGCUGUCGAUAAGUCGCCUGCUCCAGUGGUUUCUCCAUCUCCUUCCAUGGCAGACGACGUGGACACAGGGUUGCAAGGAGAAACUAUUUCAAGCAUUUCUAAAAGUGGCGGUCUUGAUUCUUUGCCUAGUGAAGGAACAACUUAUCAACUUGCUAAAGAGAUUUCUGCAAAUUCUCAGUUAACUACCCCUGUGCCUUCUAUAAUUCCUGCCUCUGAGUCGGCACCAGCUUGCUCUCCUGCACCAGUUCAAGUGAAAGGUCAUGGUCGAAAAACUCAAACUGGACAACAACCUCCUAGAAGAAGGGGGAAAAAACAGGGGCUGGUCCCACCUCCUGUUCCUGGUAGCCUAUCCUCUGAUGUAUGUCAAGAUGACCAGGGUAAAUCCACAAACCCAGUGGCAAGUCAAGUUAAUGUUGCAAGUGACAUUAUUUCUAAUGCGUCUGCCACCCAGCUUCCCUCUGGUUUACCUGGUUCUGGCCCUUCAAAACCUGUCACUGGACCUAAUGAUCAACCGGCUGUUGAGCCUGUACAGCCUAGAGGACAAAGUCGGAAGACGCGAAGUGCAGCUGGAGCACCACGGCGUAGAGGAAAGAAACAAGUAGUAGCAGCUGCAUUGCCCAACACCAUGGCGGGUGCUAGUCUAAGUUCGAAUGCAGAUUUGCAAAUGAACCAUAUUGAUUCUUCUUUGAGUACUGUCAAUCAGGAAGAUAAACUGGAAAAUAAGCCCAAUAAGAGCAAGGAGACAAUCAGCCUAUCAACUUGUGGUAGUACCAUGGAACCACAAGGGCCUACUCCUGAACAAAACCAAAAUGCUGAUUCUCGUGGAAUUUCUAAUGUGAUCAAGGAGGCUUCUUCUGGAGAUUGCGCGUCCAAAGCAAACCCUUCUGAGCACUUGAGUAAGAGUCGUGCGGCCCAGGAUGCAACUGUAACAAAUAAUCGUGUUGAUGAAACACUGAAGAGUCAUAGCUUGCGAGACACAACUCAUCCAGUUACAUCAACUCCAGAAACUGCAGUUCCAACAUGUGGUCCUCCUGACGUUUCUGUUGCUGUCGGGAUGAGUCCCAAAGCUGUAACAGAUGUUGCUAGAGAGACUGCUCCUAUUUCCCAGCCAAUUCAUUCGUCCGCAUCAGUGGCUUCAAGCGUGCAAAUUGCAUCUCAAUGUCCACCACCCGUAUAUGUGGAACCUAAACGGCAAGGUCGUAAGACUGCUAAAAGGGUAGAGCCCUCUCAGCGUAGGGGAAAAAAACCGGCCUCAUUGCCUUCUGUCGUUCUUGAUGGUUCAGCUGGCAAGGAAUCUAAAGAUUUGAAUGUGCUUGUGCAACCAGGGCCAUUGGGGGAUUCAAGUUGUAAAGACAUAGGCCUAAUAGGUAAAACUGAGACUGAGAAUCAAGAAUCAACCAAUGUUCAGAAUCACGCAGGUUGUACCCAAAUUAUAGAUACUGUGGAUUCCCAGGAUCUGAAAAGAAAGGAGCAAGUACCCAAACCUGCUCAACAUAAACAGCUUUUGGCAUCAUCAACAAAGAUUGAUGCUACUGGAGCCUUGGACAAGACCUCUGCAUCAGGCCGUUAUCAAACUGCAAAUGUAAAUGACGUUGCUCGGGUAAUGAAGGAAGUCUUCUCUGGGACUGGCUUGUCAAAAGCUAAAGUUGGAGCGUUGUCUGAGAUUGAAAACAAGGAUGCUUCUGCGAUGCCUGUUUUGAGCAAGUCCUCUAUGGAGGUGACCAAAAGUCAUAAAUCAGAGGCUAUUUUAAAUUCCAACAUUCCAGUUGAGGCCCAUGAAAAAGAAUAUUCAGUUGUAGCUAAUGAAAUGAGACCAGAUUCUGCAAAUGCUUUAGAAGAAUCUAUCGUUCCGAAGAUCGAUGAUGACAAUUCUGGAUGUGCGAAGGCUGAUUCAGUAAAUAAAUUGGUUGAAUCAAGAGAAACAUAUGAUGGAUGCUCAACUGCGGUUAGUGGCUCUGCAAUUUCAUCAAACUUCAUCAAUGCUGAUCAUAAUCCCCCAGAACCCUCGCCUAUUUUCUCAAGUCUGGGUGUUUCCAAUGCAUCAAAGGCUCCUGAGGUGAUGGAUAAUGUAUUGGAAAAUGAAGCAAACCCUGUUAGUGGAGGAUCUUUAAAAUCUUCUCCUGAUAGAAGCAACUACAAAGUUCCCUCGUCUUCGAAGAACGAUGGAAUAAAUCAUCCUGCUCCUUCGAAUAACAUGGCAGAACUGCCUUUGGAAGAGCCUUCAGAAUGCCCUCUUGAUAUGUCAAGUAGAUCUCAUACUACAGUGACCGUUGCCACGACUACUGUUGAAAAUGCAGAAAUUUCUGCUAACCAAGCUCAUCCAAGUCAAUCGAAAACUCUUGAUGAUCAAAGACUAACUUCUGUGGACUGUCCCUGUGAACCGGCCUCUGAUAUCACAAAGGAAACUCUUGACGUGGAGGGAUUCUCAGAACCAUCAGAAUUUGAUCAUACAAGUCUUGAAUGUCCUGCAACCACAUCCAUGCCUGAAAUGUUGGGUCAAUGUUCGAUUGACUACUCUCCUGAGAAGAUAGGCAUGGAUUCUGGCAGAGGUGAUAAUUCUAAAUUUUCUUUUGAAGUUCCAGUUGAAUUUAUCAAGGCAUCUAACAACACAGAACCUUAUCAUGCAGCUGUUGAAACUUUAAAAGCAAGACCUGCGAGGCAAGAUUGUCCCAGUGUAUCUUCUGGUACAACAGAGAAUACAACGAUGAACGAAACGGUGUCUGUUCGUGCUGCAGUUAAGAUGGAAGGUGAUCUUAGACCUGUUAUGAUUGUUGAAACUUCGACGGAGAAUCCUGGUCAAGAUUGUCAUAGUGUCUGUCAAAGUCUCUCAGCUCAUCGUGAAAAUCUCGAAUAUCCAGAUGUUUCAAAUUUUAAUGAGAGUUCCGACUCAAGUAUGCCAGGUGCUGAAAUUGAAGUUCAAGGGCGUGUUUCUGUAACUACUAUGAAUAUUGAGAGUAAACAUAAAGAAGUGAAUGAUACUGAUCCUGCUGUUGAACAAAUGGAUGCUGCCUCGAAGCAGGGGAGGUCUAGUGGUAGUCAAGAUCUUUCAAACGCAGGUGCACCUAAUCUGGUGGAGCAAACAUCGGGAAAUAAAUUAGAGGUUGCUUCAGAAGAAUUGCCAACUUUUCCUUCAUCUGAUCAUGGAAGCGUUCAAGUCCUCGAAGCUUCUGCUGGAAGUUCUGAUGGUAGAGGUUAUGCUGUGGAGCCUGAUUUGCUAACUCCUAGAGUUGAGGCUGCGGAAUGCACUUUCAAAACUGAUUUUGAAGGUCAGAAAACAUCAUUAAAUGAUAGUAGUAAUUGUAUUCCGGAUGAGAAUUUGAAGGUAUCAGAUCAUGUCGAAGAAAAUGCCGAAUUUGUUAAUCCUGAGAAUGUUCCUGAGAAAAGCAUUCUGAUUCCUCGGAUUCAGGAUAAUGAAGGUAACCAAGCUGACAACCAUGGUGCAUGUCUCAGGGAUAUGGAUAUCUCCAAUUCUGAUGCUGUUGUUCAAAUGGACGUUUAUGACGAAAAACGUGUAUCAGAAGGUAAAACUGGUGAUAUGGUUCUGCCAUCAGCUUCAUUGCAGGGAGGGGAAGAAAGUUGUUCUUUCACAUCUGUGGGAGAUCAAGUUGAUAAGUUAGGGAAUCAGGAGGAACCCAACAAAUUUGGAGUUAAAGGGUCUCCUGGGGAGAAAAAGCAAUCCGAUCCUCUAGUCGAGUAUGUUCUUGGAACUUCGGCACAAUCUUUAUCUUCUUCCGAAGUUAAGGAUUCGUAUACGAUGACAUUGCUUGAUACAAAUUUAGAUAAUUCAGGUGAUCAAACUGAUUUACCUGUAUCCUCGUCCACGGUGACAGACAGAGAAAAGAUUGGGGAUUCUUCCAAGGAUGAUUCGUGUGGCUGCACGGUCACAGAUUCAGUAGAAGCUCUCGAGGAUAGUGGAUUAUUAACAAAUGAGAUGUCGGAUGUUUCGGUUGUGCCUGCUUCAUCGUCUCAAAUGGAACCCAUUAGCUCCCCAGUCUCUCUGGAGGGGCCAAGUGAUUAUCAAGGUAGUGACCAUAUGGUUGCAACACAGGAUAACAUUGUUUUGUCCAAAAACGUAUCGUCUGAGGAAGACAAGCUGCGAAACUCGUUCGAGAAAACCUUAUUAGAUAGUGCAGACCCGUCGGAGGAUUGUAAGGAGUCUGAUAUUAGCAGCAAGGGACAGCUUUUAAGCAUCACUGAAAACCUCCGCUUCAAUGAUCCUUCCAAUCAUCUAACGGUAUCAAAGAAGUUGGAAGCUUCAGCUGGUGAUCAGACAGGGGAUGUUCCGCAAACAGGGGAGGUUGUAUCAGUAAAUGCAGCUGAUACCUUUACUCAGUCCGCACCUCCAACAACCAUGGAAGAAGAAAAGUCCAAUGCCUUACUCGACAGUGGUCUAAUUGCUAGCUCAUCAUCACAGCCACUGAACGACAUACAAGGUUCUCAGUCCGAUACAGAUCCAAUGGAUUCUUCUCAAGCUGGUGUGGUUUUAGAAAAGAAUAUAUCAGGAGAAACAAUUGUGUCUUCGUCUUCUCCGGUUUCAGAGGAGGUAGGAGCAGAUCUAAUGCAAUCUGUUGCUGAAGUUCAGACGAUUGACCAAACCGAUGCAUCUGAGGUGGGGGAGCCUUCUCUAGAGAAGGCUGUAACAGAAGUAGCCAAUCCUCCAUCCUCUCUACCUGCUGAAACUGAAAUUAUGGAAAGCUCACAAGUUCCAAGUUUGAUCGAUAGCGCCAUUGCAGUUGUAGAAGCAGUCGUACGCGACGAAGCCGAUGAUGUACUCACAGCAAAUGAAAGGUGCCAGUCAGCAGGUGGCUCAUCAGUGCAGGAUCCGGCUGAUAGCAUUGCAGAUGUAGAAAUGGUCAUAUGUGAUCAAGCUGAUGUUCCUCCAACCGGUGACACGGCACAGGGUGCAGUUGAUACAAUAGCCAUAUGUGCUCAAAUUGACGUACCUCCGGUUUGUGAUACGGCGCAGGAUCCAGCAGAUAGCACUACUAUACGUGAUAGAGUCGAUGUACCUUCAGCUUGCAAUGCAGCACAGGGUAUAGCUGAUACUGCUGUUGAAUGUAAUCAAGUCGAUGUACCUCCAGCUUGCAACUUGGUCCAGAGUCCGACUGAUAGCGCCACUGCAGCUGCAGAAACUACCAUAAGCGAUCAAGUCGAUGUUUCCUCCAGUUUGACUCUGCCAGAAAAUGAAUCUGCAAAUUUGGACCUGCCUCCUAGCUGUUCAGAAGUAGAGGACGAAAGCAUCGAGCACCGACUGUAGGGAACUCGAGUUAACAAGAGUUCAGUUGAAUCAGAAUCAGAGGAUCCAAAGCAAAGUGAAUGAAGGAAGGUUUCUUCUGUACAUUUUUUUUGUAUUCCCAUGCUAUAUAAGUUUAUCCUACGGGGGAAAUUGUAGGUUAAGUUCAUACGAAUCUCUGCUAUUAUUUUGCUUUAGAUAUUGUGUGUGUAUAUAAUUAUAUGAAAAUUACGGCUUUAGGAUACAAAAGCAGUUGCCAGAAAGCAUUAAAGUGGUGGCACAUUUCUUCUAAUCAGCAGAAACCAA